AUGGCCACUGCAUUCUCUUACGCUCAAGCCGCCAAGGGUCAAGGGGCCAAGACACCGGCCACCCAGAGUGCUGAGAAUGUUAAGGACUCUGUGACCUCAGCGAACGGCGAACAACCCACCGCUGAACCCGACACUGUCAAAGCCGGCUCUGCUGAAGACGACACAUCAAGAAAUACGAGCCUCAAGGCUCAGCUGUCCGCUAAACAGGACGCCUCCGCACAGGCUGAGGUCAACAUUACAAACAACACAUCCGCUGCUGCCUCUGUCGCUGAUUCUCGACGUGAUGAUGAGGACGCCGCCACCGAAAGCUCUGCCCGACGUAGCGACAAGAGUGUCAGGUCGGCAAGCGCAUCUACUCGCGUGACCGAUGAAGCCGAGCCGAAGAAGGGCGCUAGGAAGCCGAGAAAGGGCAAGGCUGGAAAGGAAUCUGGCGAUGAAUCCAAGAAGGAUAAGGCAGCGGAGCAGGAGAAGGAACAGCCCAAGAUUGAGUUGAUUGAGGCACCGCUGCCUACAGUCAACAUUUGGAUGCAAAGGAAGGAGACGCAGGCUGCGAAGACCUCCAUCACUCUGCCCUCCCAUUCCGCCCCUGUCCGAUCUGAGCCUAGUGCAGCCCCUGCUACUGAUGCCUGGCCUAAUAGCCAGGAGUCUAAGAAGAAGGGCAAGACUGCUGAAGGCUCUGAGACCACAAAUGGCGCCGUAAAUGGUACCAAGGCUCAGCGCAAGGCCGGCGACGGUGAUGCCGCUGCUAGAAGGAACGGUGCUCGCGGCUCCAGGUUGACGGAAAAAGAUAACCGCACUACCGAGGUUCCCCCAUCUGUCAACGACGUUUCCUCGUGGCCCACGCCGGAGACGGCGGUCAAGGAGACUGUUAAGGAGGAGAAGCGUAAGCCCACCGACAAGGCUGAGCGGCCUGAGGCUGAGGCCCAGGAUGAGUCCGGCCCUAAGGGUCGUUCCAAGGACAAGUGGGAGCGCAUGGAUUUCGUGCCAAGUGUCCAGUUCUCGACCCCUAUCCCUUCGGUGAGAGGUUCCCGUGGAGGACGUGGUGGUGCUCGUGGUGGCCGAGACGUCACCUCCAGAGGAGGCCACGGCGGCGCUGCCGCCGCUGCCGACAAGCCUGCUGGUGCUGCGGCUACAUCCAAGGCUGGAGCCGAGGCACGCGAGCGUACCAGAGAUGGCAACACCCCGGCCAGAACCAACUCGCAACCCCCCGCUGCUAACAAACGAGCCUCGAUGGAUGUUUCCAACGCCAAGGAGCAGCGCAAGGCGUCUGCCCCCGCUUCUGGCGAGCGCACCAAGGAGUCGUCGAAUACAACUACUGAGCAGGCAGGACCUGUCCGUGAGAGAGGCGAGGGUCGAGGUGAUAGAGGUCGCGGUGGCUACCGCGGUCGUGGAGGUCACCCUGGAAAUGUGCCCUUGCACGGCCAGCAGUCUUCGUUCAUGGCUAACGGCACCUCGUUCGGCUCACAGGGCCCUCGUCAGUACAACAGCCCUCCUCUACACCAGGGUGGCAACUUCCCCCCGUCGUACGGGGGCUCUCAGUCUCGUGGUGGCCGUGGUGGCCGUGGUCAAUCCAACUCUUCUGGGGCUUUCCGUGGAGUUGGCGGCUCGAAUGCGAACCGUAGUCGCCAAGUUCAGACCAACGUUAGCCAGGGCCCCUGGGACUACUCUGUGCCCAUGACUCCUUCCUCUUACCCCGGAUGGUAUGAGCAAGUUAGACAUAUCCUCAUCCCUCAAUUGGAGUACUAUUUCUCCAUCGAGAACCUUUUGAAGGACGAGUUCUUGCGCAAACACAUGGACAGCCAGGGCUUUGUCCCCUUGGAACUUGUGCUGGGUUUCUCCAGAGUUCGCGAGGCUGCCGACCCCCAGACUCUCCGCGCAGUCUGCACCGAGUGCACCCAGUUAGACUAUGUCGUCGGAGAUGACCAUGUUGAGAGAAUUCGCUCACGCACCCAUUGGCAGAAGUUCGUCUACCCCAGCAUGGAGCAACGUUUUGAGUCUGCACGCACUGCGGGACCCCAGUUCUUCUACCCUCGUUCCCUUCAUGCCAUGAGUCCCUACCCGAACGGAAUGAUGGGCGACUACUCGGUCACUUCCCCUACCGCAUACACCAACGGCGUCGAGAACGGCUAUGUGUCCUACCCUGCUGACGCCGCCGCCGGACAAAACGGCGUGCUUAACGGCACAGGGCUCUCUGCCCAGGUACCCGAGUUUCAGCCGAACACCUCAUCUGAGCAAGUUGUCGAUGGCUCUACUGAUACGAACGCUGGGUCGAAGACUCAGCCUCUUGUCAAUGGCGCUGCCGAGGCUCAGGAGGACGUCCCGUUAACGAACGGAAACCACUCACAGUCCACCGAAGCCCUUCAGUCCUAG